AUGUUGGAGAAUUAUAGCAACCUGGUCUCAAUCGGUCUUUGCAUUCCCAAGCCAGAUGUGAUCUCUUUAUUGGAGCAAGGGAAGGAGCCUUGGAGUGUUUUUGAUAGUGAGCUGACAAGAGGCCUGUACCUAGAAUAUAAAUCUAGGUGUAAGAACAAGAAAUUAUCUCUGAAAAAGGAUAACUAUAAAAUAGAUUCAUCCCAAUGCGUUAUAAUGGAAGGAUUUACAAAGCAUGGACUUAAACAGGGAUCUCAGGAAAGACAUUUUAGCCAAAUCUCAUGUACCUCUGAAAACAUGUCCCCUUUCAUUCAGCAAACAUCUCUCCCUCUACAUCAAACAUUUAAUACCAAAGAGAAAUCUUAUGAAUGCCAAAAACAUAAAAAUGCCUAUGGACAGGACUCAAAACUUACUACACAUCAAGAAGGUCAUAAUGGCAAGAAAUUCUAUGACUAUAAGGAAUAUGGGAACGCCCUUAAUAGGACUUCAAAACUUAGUUCAUAUCAUUCAGUGCAUAUUGGUAUGAGAUCCUCUGAAUGUGAGGAAUGUAGGAAGUCUUUGAAUAGUAACUCAGACUUUAUGCAACAUCAGAUAAUUUUUACUAGGGAAAAAUCUAAUGAAUUUAAGAAAAGUGGGAAGGCCUUUACUAAUGCCUCACAGUUUUUCCUACAUCAUAGCAUUCAUACAAGUGAGAAACACUUUAAAUGUAAGGAAUGUGUUAGAGAAUUUAGUAAUGGUACAGCCCUUAUUCGUCAUCAGAGGAUUCAUACCGGUGAAAAACCUUAUGAGUGUAAUGAGUGUGGAAAGGCUUUUAGUACUAGUUCAAUAUUUAGAGUACAUCAGAGGAUUCACACAGGUGAGAAACCCAAUGAAUGUAAAGAAUGUGGAAAAGCCUUUCGUCAUUCCUCAUACCUUACUCAACACCAAAGAAUUCACACUGGUGAGAAACCUUAUAAAUGUAAGUAUUGUGUUAGAGCAUUUAGUAAUGUUUCAGCCUUUAUUCGGCAUCAGAGGAUUCAUACUGGUGAGAAACCCUACAAAUGUAAGGAAUGUGGAAGAGCCUUUAGUACUGGCUCAAUACUUACAGCACAUCAGAGAAUUCACUCAGGUGAGAAACCCUAUUUAUGUAAGGAAUGUGGGAAAGCCUUUCGUCAGUCUUCAGACCUUACUCAACAUCAGAGAAUUCAUACUGGUGAGAAACCCUAUGAGUGUAAGGAAUGUGGAAGGGCCUUUCGUCGUUCAUCAGAACUUUCUCGACACAAGUUAAUUCAUGCUGAUGAGAAAUUGUAUGAAUGUAAGGAAUGUGGAAAGAUCUUGAGUAGAGAUUCAAUACUUAUACAACAUCAGAAAAUUCACACUGGUGAGAAAGCCUGGGAAUGUAAUGAAUGUGGGAGAGUUUUUACUUGUGCAACAUACCUGACCCGGCAUCAGCGAAUUCAUACUGGUGAUAAACCAUAUACUUGUAACAAAUGUGGAAAAGCCUUUCUUCGUUCUUCAGACCUUAUUCUGCAUCAAAGAAUUCAUACUGGCACAUUUCAAGUGCUCAACAGCUGCAUACAGCCAGUGGCCAUUGUAUUGGGCAGCAUAUUAUAG